UGGAGACAUCUCCAAAAGCCAUGUUGGAUCAGCCACUUCCUCUAGGAAUGUAGCAAUGGAGAUUAUAACGUUUGCAGGUGCCGUUCUCACCCAGCUUCAUGAGGAAGAAUUGGGCUACAUGGUGGAGAGUGGAAAAUAUGUUAGAGAUUUGAAGACGCUCAUUGCCACAAAGAUUGGAUACUCAAGAUUUCGACUAAGACUCUUGAGCGAAGAGAUGGGCGAGCUACAGGAUGAUAUGCCUGUCAGACGACUACCAAGUUUGCAGUUAGUAAUCUUGGACUAUUGUGCGCCUGAAAAGGCCAAUUGGCAGGCACUACACCUUGCGUGUGAGAACAAUCAAGUUAUCGAAGUUACAAGUUUGCUUCAGAAACCACAGAAUCCUAAUGGGACAGGUGCAGACAUUGACCGUCCACCUAUGUUUCUUGCUGCAGAACGGGGCCAUUUGGAGGUGGUGCGGCUGUUGCUCGAGGCUGGAGCUGACCAGAACGCAGCAAUGCAAGACGGGGCAACCACCUUGAUGUUUGCAGCUCAUUAUGGCCACCCGGAAGUGGUGCGGGUUUUGCUCGAGGCUGGAGCUGACCAGAACGCAGCAACUCAAGAGGGGCAAACUGUCUUGAUGUUUGCAGCUCUCUGUGGCCACUUGAAAGUGGUACAGUUGUUGCUCGAGGCUGGAGCUGACCCGAAUGCGGCAACUCGAUGCGGGCACACCGUCUUGAUGUUUGCAGCUCAGAAUGGCCACUUGGAAGUGGCGCGGGUGUUGCUCGAGGUUGGAGCUGACCCGAACGCAGCAAUGCAAGACGGGGCAACCGCCUUGAUGGAUGCAACUGUCCAUGGCCAUUUGGAAGUGGUGCGGGUGUUGCUCAAGGCUGGAGCUCGCACCUUUUGCACGGUGAGACUCCGCAGUGAGACUCCUCCAGAUCCGGGUCGUGAUCGACACCGCUCGCAAUCGCGAUAGAGACAUCUCGCAGUCGUGGCAACGUGGUGAUCGCGUGGUGGGCAACGCGUCCGGUGCGAUGCUCCGGGAUGCUCCGGGACGGCUUCAGGGGACUCGUUUUGCUUGGCUGUCGAA